AUGGACCCAGAUUUGGAGAUAAAAGAUCAUAUGAAGGUGGGAAUGGAGGGCUUGCCUCAGAAAGAGUCUGAAAGUCUUCCCCCACAUGGCAAUGAAAAUUCUGUGCCUUGCACAGAUAAACUUGAUGACGGAUGUUGUCCCAAACAAGCUUUGCCUGAAAACAAAGCUGAGGUGCAGCAGACAACUGAGGAUUUGGAAGUUGAUAUAGUUAAUUGUUCGAAUUCUCAAGACGUUGGAGAUGUGGAAACUGAAAACGAUGACACCAGCGAGAGCAUCAGUUCAUUCAGCAGCUCGUUUGAGACAGAAAAUGACCUUAUGUUGACUGAUAAUGAGGUUGAAUCGUAUAUGUGCCGUGGUGGUCACUCAACUUCAUUAUUUGAUAGCUAUGGUGCAGAAUCUCAAUCUAGGAGGAAAAGGUUAACCGAACAUUGGAGGAGAUUCAUUCGUCCUCUUAUGUGGCGAUGUAAGUGGAUAGAAUUGCAGCUUAAGGAAUUUCAAUCCCAGACACUGAAGUACGAUAGAGAACUUGGAGAAAUUGAACAAAGGAAGACGUUUGAUCGUGAGUCAUUAGUAGCAGAAGGUCAUGAAGCAAAGUCAAAACCAUUUUCUUCUUCGAAUCCGAGGAUGAAAGUCUUGAAGAGAAAGAAAAGAAAGAGAUAUGAAGAGAUGAAUGAUAUGACAUCAUUUAUGUUGCAGAAUAACAUCCUCUCCUAUUAUGAACAUAAGAAGACAGCCAAUGAUGGUGCUUCUAUGGACGGUGAUCCCACUCUUCCAGAGAGGACAGGCAAAGCGGAUCCAAAGUCUGCAUUUCAUCAAGAAGGAUGGGCACCCUUACAUUCUAAAGAUGGGGUUGGCAGAGAUGAAGACAUCCUUAUGAAAAUCGGAGCUCUACAAUACCAAGUCCAUAGGUUGAGGUCCCGAAUCGAUGUGGUGAUGAGAGAUAAUCCAGGAAAGUUCUCUUAUUUGACUAGGUUAACCUCGCCUGAACCAGAUGAUGUGUUGGCCUGUUCGGAAAACCCUGGUUCCUUUGUUGAAAAUGGAGAUAGAGUGGUUAGAUCUCUAUAUCCUGUGGAAGAUCAUAUACUUGGAAUUCCAGUUUCAAGUCAGGGUGAGGCAGCCUCUCGUCCUCAUAUGCCAGAAACCCUAGAUCAGCCUUCGGAUGGGGCUCCUAGUGAAAGUAAGAACGAAGCUUUUGUGACUCUUAAUCAGCCAGCAAGGAAAGAAAUUGCACAAGCUGUGGAAGACUUAGUGACUCAGCCCGAGGAGCAGAAACCUGAGUUACCAACCGAUGUGCAGACAGCAAGCAACCCGAUUCAAGCAAGGGCUCCAUUACUUCAGAUGCACUACCCUGGGAAAUCACUUCCUAAAUCUCGUUCCAGGGUGGUGACCAGCAACAAGCAAAAACGUGGCAAGCGGAGGUCUGGACGAGGGGGAUGGAAUAGGAAACCUUCAACUGAAAAAUGA